AUGAGAGAUGAGCUCAUGCGAGUAUAUGUCUGCUAUGUGCAUCCAUUCUUGCCGCUUCUGGACCUUGGAGCAUUCAUCAAAGCUGUCGCUAGCGAAGAUGAGACUUGCAAAAUCAGCCUAAUAUUAUUCCAGGCUGUCAUGUUUGCUGGAGCAUCGUUUGUCGACAUGAGUUGCCUUGAAUCUGAGGGCUUCCAGGAUCGCAAACAGGCUUGCAGAGCACUGUUCCGCAGACUCAGGCUAUUGUACGAUGCCGAUGUCGAACCUGAUCCUACCACGCUUGUAAAGGUCUUGCUUCUGAUGACCUACCAGUGUGACAAGCCAGGAGACACCAAAGGCCGAUUCUACUAUCUGAGGAUCGCAGUAUCACUUGCGGCCGAUAUUGGACUCAAUGAAAGCCUUACGUCAGGCCACCAUUCAACAAAGCAACUGAAAAUGAAGCGCAGACUAUGGUGGUGCUGUCUGAUGAGAGAGAACUUGCUGGCCAUGAGCGAACGACGGACAGCCGGCAUCUCUACAGACAUUUCAACCGUCCCAAUUCCGCAUCUGGAUGACCUCAAUGAUACAGAUCUGUCCGAAGCAUUGUGCAGAUUUUACAUGCCCAACAGCGAAACAGAUGCAAGGAUUCUGAGCAAGUUGUGCAUUCAGAAGAUCAAACUGUGCGUUCUGAUCGACCGCAUCCUCGAUACUUUAUAUGAGUUGGGCCACCACCAACCCUUGACAACCACUGGGCCUGCAAUGCUCCUCAUCCCCAAACUGUCGGACUCACUGACGGCUGAAGGCAUUGCUCGGGACCAGGAAUUACGCCAAUGGUAUGCAGAACUGUGCUCUACCGAGGGGAGCAUGGUUGGUCAGGAUCAUCGUCGUAAUGGAAGAGUAGUAGGCCCACAUUCUGCCAUACUCGAAAUGCUCUUUUACACGGUCGUCGGUAUGGUCCAUCGACCUCUGCUCCUCCACACCCAGUCGAAGGAGUCGGCUGCCAAUGCACUCCAGGACUUCUCCAGGCAGACUCUGAGACUGGCCGCUCAAAGAAUCACCGACAUAGCAAACCCGUUGGCAGAAGGGAAUCUGAUACGAUUUCUGCCGUCAGUAGGGGUGCCGGCGCUCCUUGCUGCCAGCAUGCAACACGUAAAGGACGCCUUGUCCGCAAACCACACCAUCAGCGCCGCUGCACUCAUGUCUCUCGAACAGACCAUGCAUUCUAUGGUUGAGCUACGAGGAAUUCAUUGCCCGGUUGAAUGCACUAUGGGCCUCUUCGAAUUCGUCCGAAGUAGAAAGAUCAACAGCCAGCAUACGGCGCUAGGACAGGAGUCAGUGCCUCAAUACCCUGGAGAACGACCGAGAAGCUUCGCUACUACUUCUACAAGAGACAGCCGGACUUCACUAGGCCACGAAACCUUGGUUUACAACAACCCAGAUCAGUCUGCAUCAGUACUUCUUAAUCAAAAGCAUGCUUCGACUGGUGCGGCUUUGACUGCCACCGUGGAUGACGAUUCGACUCGACAUGGCCGUGCCACUGGGAUUCAACAAGAAGAAUUGCUAAAUUUCCGCUUACCCUUCGCGAAUAUCGAAAGCCUUACCGAAGCCGUUCUUUCUGGGGUUUGUGAUGCUGCAGACUUUAACGCCUUUCAUUCGUAGGGCUUUUGUCCCUGGACACAACAGACAAUGAUGCAUUCACUCCGAGUGAGCGGCAGACACGCAAAAAACUUG